GCGUUACUGCUGUUCAAUGACCAAACCAGAAAUCGAAAGGAUGAAAAACCACCGAAACAUGUCGGACGUGAAGUUUAUAUAUGAAUAAGCGAAGUAAAUGACACGGUGUCUCGUAUCCGGUUUGUGCGCGCACAAUGGCAGCGGCGAGCUCGCGGUCUUCGCUUUAGUUUAACACGGGGACUUGACGUUGCUUUAAAGUUUUACGUGCUGGUGGAUGAAAGUGAAGAAUCAAGAUGAAGAAACAGUUCAACCGCAUGAAACAGCUCGCCAACCAAACUGUCGGGAGAGCAGAGAAGACUGAAGUUCUGAGUGAUGACCUUCUUCAGAUCGAACGACGCCUGGAAACGGUGCGGCUGGUCUCCCACAAUGCGCACAAGAGGAUGGUCAUAUGUCUACAGGGUAACCAGGGUACAGAUGUGGACAAGAGACAUAAAAAGCUUCCGCUCACGGCUUUCUCGCAGUCCAUGCUGGAUGGAGGAAGUCAGCUUGGAGAGGAUUCUCUAAUAGGAAAGAUGAUGGACCUGUGUGGACAGGCCGAAAGCAAACUGGCAUUCGAGCAGAGUCAACAUGAGAUUCAGCUGGAGAGGGACUUCCUGGACCCUCUCAACCAACUGGCAGAGGUGGAUAUUCCCAAUAUUCUGAAACAGAGAAAGCAUUUAGCCAAGCUCGUGUUGGAUUACGACUCUGCAAAAGCCAGGUAUAUCCAGGCCACAAAGGCAUUUCCUUCUGCCACGAACGCUCAAGCAAUGGCUGCCAAAGUUGACAUGCUUAAAGAAGAGAUGGAUGAGGCCCAGAACAAAAUGGAAUUAUGCAAGGAUCAGCUGGCCGCAGACAUGUACAACUUUUCUUCAAAGGAGGGAGAAUACGCUCGCUAUUACGUUCUGUUGUUAGAAGCUCAAGCUGAUUACCACAGAAGAGCUUUGGCCUCCAUUGAAAGUGCCCUGCCCUCUAUACAGUCACAGCAAGAUAAAUGGACGGAGAUGCCAGCGUUUGGCACGGCUCUGGAGGAACAUCUGAAGCGCAGUAACAGAGAGAUCGCUCUGCCCAUGGAGGCCUGCGUCAUGAUGCUGCUGGAGACCGGCAUGCAGGAGGAGGGUUUGUUCCGUAUCGCUGCCGGAGCAUCUAAACUCAAGAAGCUGAAGGCGGCGCUGGACUGUUCCACUUCCCAGCUGGAGGAGUUUUAUUCGGACCCUCAUGCCGUAGCUGGAGCACUGAAAUCAUACCUGCGAGAGCUGCCUGAGCCUCUGAUGGCCUUCCAGCUUUAUGAAGAGUGGAUACAAGCCUCAAGUAUUUCUGACCCCGAUAAGAGACUUCAGGCUCUCUGGGUUGUGUGUGACCAGUUACCAAAGACCAACAAGACCAAUUUUAGGUACUUGAUGAAGUUUCUCGCCAAGCUUGCUCAGGAAAGCGACAUCAAUAAGAUGACCGCAAGUAACAUCGCCAUCGUACUAGGACCCAACCUGCUGUGGGCCAAGAUGGAGGGAAGUCUUGCUGAAAUGGCAGCGACCACCUCUGUUCAUGUGGUGUCUAUCAUAGAACUGGUUCUUCAGCAUGCAAACUGGUUUUUCCCCGAAGAUGUGGACUUCAACGUCUCGGGCAUGUUUGCUAUGCCAGGAUGCCCGGGUACCCCUGACUCUGAUGUAGGAAGCAUAGACAGAAGGCGUCCAGGCAGCCAGGGGUCAUUAGAUUCUGACACCUCUCGCAAAGACAGCCCUGCUAGCAAACAACCGGAACACUCCAUUCGUAGAACCGGUACUCUAAAUAAAAAGCAGCACUUCGUGCCAAACUUCCAGCCUUCCCUCCCUCCCAUCGAUCCUGUGUUUGAUCCCGCCCCUCUGUCACCCGCUAGUGUGGGUUUGGAGUCUGGGCAGGGGGUGAACCCUGCUGUGGAGAACAGUAACGUGAUCCGAGAAACUGCGUCCACACCCCCAUCCUUGAGGAACGGACCAGGUGGUGGGAGUGGAACUCAGAGUCAAAUGAAUUUGGGGACACCUACCUCAGGUUCCAAGGGCCCCAGCCCUUUCAUGGUACGCAAAGGUACAAAGAAACAAGCACCUGCACCUCCCAAACAGGCUGCCCCCGGCACACCACAAAACACCCCCAAAGCAGCCCUUAACCAGCCCGCACCCUUGAGCAACCCCCAGCCUGCCGCCGCACCUCGUCGCAACACCCAGACUGCUAUCCAGGCCCCCAGCCACCCGCCUCCACAACCUCCUGCUCAGAGCGCAGAAGAACCUGAAGCUUCUCCUUCAAGAACCCCAACACCGCCAGGUACACCCCCACAUGAAACCUCCCAGACCACGGGUUCAUACUACCCUACCGGCUCUCUGCCACGCCCCAGGCCCACCCCUCGAGCACGACCCAAACCUACAGGCCCGCCACCGCCCCAGCCGACUAGUGAAGGUGCCAACGGCAUCUGUGUUUCUGGAUCAAAGAUCAUCUCAGAUGUCUGAUCUUCUCUCUGAGCUGUGAUUUGAGUGACAGGCGAUGAUGGAGAUGGAGAUGAACCUGUCAUGGGACCAGGGCUGGACCUUGUCCCUGAGCUAGCUGAGGAUCAAACAGUCAAAACACUCCCAGCUCCUGAACAACUAUCAGAAAGCACCGCCCUGUAAAGGAGGAGGAGCUUUAAACACACACAGCCAAUCGACAGCUAUGUUCAACGCAUCACUUUUCCAAAUACACUGAAGCUUUCUAGAAGCUCCCUGGAGUCUCUCUAGCCUCACAAUGCUGGCACAUUGUAAUGAUGUAAAGAAAUCAGUGUGCACAUAUUAACAUGCUGUACAAUCUACUUUCUCCGGCCUGGUUGCGGACAUAUGAACACGAAUGUCUUAAAGUUGUGAUUUGA